UCCACGUCACAGCUGACAGCCAGCCGGCCCGAUAAUGGCUGCCGCGGCCGAGUUGGCAGUCUAAUGAACCGAACGAGUGAAAGCUGUUUGCUAAUUGUCAAGGUAAACUAUUGAGGGGCUAAAUUAACUCAUAUUUUUUUAUUUGUAUUUUUGUACAGUUUAGCUUAAUGACCUAUCUUGCGGGCUUAACCGAAGCAAGGCUAAACUACCCCCACCCGCCCGGGUCGCCCUCACCGACCCCCGUUGUCUGUUUUGGUUUGACGGUGUUGUUGUUGUUGAGCCACCCCCAAAAAGAUGUCAUCGUGGCUCGGCGGGAUCGGCUCCGGCCUCGGCCAGUCGCUGGGUCAGGUCGGCGGCAGCCUGUCGUCCUUCACCGGACAGCUCUCCAAUUUUACCAAAGAUAUGUUGCUGGAGGGAGUGGAAGAGGUCGGAGAUGCCGCCACAGAGCUGCAGUUGUCCAAUUCCAAGUUGGCGGACCUGGAGGCUGCCUUUUCCUCUCAGAAAUUUGAGUGCGAAAGGUUGAAAAAACUCCACGCCGAGCUGGAAGAGAAACUGGAGGCAUCAGAGAUCCAAAUCAAGCAGCAGUCGGCCGAGUACAGGACGCUUCUGCAGCAGAAAGAUGUGGAGAUCAGUCACUUAAAGGCCCGACAAAGCGGCCUGCAGGAGGACGUCCAGAAGCUUCAGUGCUCAGCCCAGUCCGCCUCUGCCGGCCCCGCCCUGCUGCCCAACACCACGGCGUCCUCCAGCGUCUCCACCACGGUGUCGUCCUUCCUAUCACGGCCCUCUGCGUCCCACCACCACCAUCACGGCUUCCAUGGCGACGACAUGGAUCUCAGCGAAGUAAUCUCGUCCCAGCAGGAGAUCAACCGGCUGUCCACCGAGGUGCUGCGACUGGAAGCGGAGGUGGCGCACUGGAGGCGCAUGUCGCAGGCAUCGACAGCAGUGGGGGCAGGUAACUCUGACCAGGGUGAAAUUCUCAAGCUUCAAAGAACAGUUAAGGAGCUGCGGGACGAGAUGAACCGCGAGGUGGACGAGCACCAGCAUGAGCUCGCCGCCCUGCAGGACGCCCAGCGCCAGAAGAUGUCUGACCUCAGCCGGCGCCACCGGGAGGAGCUGGCCGAAUACGAGGAGAGGAUCGAGGACCUCGAGGACCAGCUGCAGAAUGGCUCCUCUGCAGCCAGUUCCCCAUCAAACCCAUCCAAAGAGCCAGAGCUGCAGACCACUGUCGCUGUCCUGCGCGAGGCGGCGGAGGAGCGGGAGGCGCGCGAGGCGCGUCUCUCUGAGCUGUCCGUAAGCCUGGAGGAGGCACGGAGGGAUCGGGCCUCGCUGCAGUCGGAGAGGGACGACGUCCAAGAGGAGAACGCGGCGCUGCUGCAGAACUACGCCCGGUUACAGGCCUCCGUGGAGGAGCUUCAGGCACGGGUACGGGAGCAGGAGAGCAAAGCUGUGCGGAAAGCCCAAAUGGAGCAUGAGAUCCAAGUGCUGAGGGACAACCUCGCCGGUGCCGAAAAGGAAACGGAGAGACUGAAAAGCUUGCUUGUGGCAGAACCAAAGGAGGAGGUUGAGCAUGCUGAUAUCUUAGAACUGAACACCAUCAUCGGUACACUAAGAGAAGAGAAGGAGGCCCUGGAGCAAGAAAAGCUCGAUCUGCAGCAGAGACUGAGCGCAGCCGUGGAGGAAGUCGCCGGGGAGAGCGUAGCUCGACCAGCUGAAACAGAGUCGACGGAAGACCUGAAGGAGGUGCUGGAGACAAUAGAGAAAACCUUGAAGGCCACCCAGGAGGAACGUGACACUCUGUUGACUGAACUAGAGGAGCUGGACUGGCAAAACCAGGAAGCGACGCAGCAUCUGAUCGCCGUGAAAGAGCAGCUGAAGAAGGCCGAGGCAGAGCAUGGCGCCACCAAAGACCAGAAGAGUGCGCUGGAGCAGGAGCUGGAGGCCCAGAAAGAGAGGAUCAGCCAGAGCGCGUUCACGCUCAACGACCUGCACAUGAGCAAGCAGCAGCUGGAGGGCAUCAUCCGGGAGCUGAAGGACAAACUGACACAAGCUCAAGAGCGGGCCAAGGAGGCCCGCAAAGAAAUAUUGGAGCUGAAGAAGAGCUUGCAGGAGAAGGAGGUGCAUCUAUUGGCAACAAAAGAAAAGCUCGCUCGAGGUGAAAGGACAAGAACGGAUGAAGAUGAGCUGGCAGCGAAGGACGGAGAACUUUUGGAUCUCAGAGGAGAGCUGGAGAAAGUGAAGUCGGUGGACUUCGAGCUGAAGAUGGAGAACGGGAAGUUGAAGGAGGCCGUGAGGAAAGCGGAGGACUUGUUGGAACAGAGCCAGACAGCGGCAAGCAAAACGCUGCAGGAGAAGGACACCCGCAUCGAAGCCCUCAAGCUGGAGAAAGACCAACUGGACUGCGAGCUGCAGCGGGCCGAGCGCUCGCUUGCGGAACAGACCAAACAGUACCAGCGCACUGUGGACGAGCUGAGCCGAGCCCACUCCAUGGAUGACUCGGCUCUGCAGAAGGAGCACGAGCGCGCCGUUAAGCUCAACCAGGAGAAGGACACGGAGAUCGCUCAGCUGCGCCGCGACGGCGAGCAGCUGGCGGCCGACCACCGGGACACCAACGAGAUGCUCGCCAUCACCGUCGCCGGGCAGAAGCAGCUUACAGACUUGCUCCAGGAGAAGGACGCAUUCGCCGAGACGCUGAAGCAGAAUGUGGCGGACGCGCGUGCCGAGCUCGAGGUGAGCGUCGCGGUGGCGAGGAGGGAGGCUGACGUGCUCGGACAGGCGCUGGAGGAAAAGGACAGACAGCUGGCGGGCAUGAAGGAGGACAACAGCCACUUGAAGGAGGAGAUGGACCGCGCACGGGAUCAGCAGAGCAGACCUCCGCGCACCCUGGACAUCAUCACCGAGCUGGAGGCUGAGAUCACCCAGCUCAAGUCAUCCAGAGGCAGCCUAGAGGAGGAGGUGCGGGAUCUCCGGCGGAGCCUGGAGGAGCAGCAGGCCUCGCUCCUCGGAUCUCGGAGCGAGCUGGAGCAGGCCUCGCUAGACUUCGACAGGCUCCUGCAGGCCAGGGACCAGGAGCUGGCCGGACUGCGACAGAUCCUGGAGAGACGAGGCCCCGUCGAGUCCCCGACGGAGCGGGGUGAUGUUAUCCUGCAGGAAGACAAGACUGUGUCGCUGAACCAGGAGAACGGCAACGAGAAGCAUGACCUCUCCAAGGUGGAACUGGAGCGACUAGUGAUGGGCAUGAAGGAGAAAGAGACGGAAAUCAGCCAGCUGAACGAGAAGAACCUGUCUCUGACCAGACAGCUGGACCAGUUGGCGGUGUCUCGUGAUGAAGUGGGGAAGCUCUCACAGAUGAUCCUGCAGAAGGACCUUGAGAUCCAGGCCCUUCAUACACGAGUCACUAUGGGUGGCGGUCAGGACGUCCUCUUCCUCCAGCAGCAGCUGCAGGCCUACGCCGUGGAGAGGGAGCAGAUCCUCGCCGUGCUCAAUGAGAAGACCCGAGAGAACAGUCAGCUCCGCUCCGACUACCACCGCCUCAUGGACAUCAUGGCGGUCAAGGAGGCGGCGCUGCUUAAGCUGCAGCAGGAGAACCAGCGGCUCUCCAACUCCGGCGACCCAUCGGGGAGCCAGGAGAUGUUUAAGGAGACCAUCCAGAAUCUCUCACGCAUCAUCCGGGAGAAGGACAUCGAGAUUGAUGCGCUGACGCAGAAGUGUCAGACGCUGGUGACGGUGCUGCAGUCGUCGGGCGGAGACGCUGGUGCCGGCGGGGUCAGCAGCAACCAGUUCGAGGAGCUGCUUAAGGAGCGUGACACGCUCAAGCAGCAGGUGAAGAAGAUGGAGGAGUGGAAGCAGCAGGUGAUGACUACCGUCAAGAACAUGCAACACGAGUCGGCGCAGCUUCAGGAGGAACUGGUCAACCUCCGGGCUCAGGUGUCUGCCGAUGGCGACGCAGGCUCCAAACUUUCGGUGGAUUACGCCAGGCUUAUUCAGAGCUAUGAGCACAAGGAGCAACGGCUGGGCAGCUUGAGUGUGGAGCUGGCCCAGGUCCAGCAGACCCUCACCCAGCUCAACACCACCAAGGAUCUCCUACUGGGCCGUCUAGGCCACGCGGCUCCUGAAAGCGAAGCUCAGUCGAGCGCGGUCGACGCUCCGAGCCAAGACCUGACGUCACUUCAAGCCCGGUUGGCCGAGCAGGAGAACCUGAUCCGGACCCUCCAGGAGAACAAUCACCGGCUCUCCUGCUCGGCCUCCUCCUCCGAGAGCGAGCAGAGGAGCCACGCCACCGAGCUCCAGCAGGUCCGCGCCAGUCUGGAGGCGCUACAGAGGUCCGUCCGGGACAAGGACCUGCUCAUCAAGACCAAAGGGGACCAUCUGGCUCGAGUCGGCGAGACGCUGCGCAACCGCGAGAGCGACAACGAAGUCCUGAAGCAGGCCGUCACCAACCUGAAGGAACGUGCCGUCAUCCUGGAGAUGGACACCAAGACGCUGAAGGAGGCGAACGAGCGGGUGGCAGCGCGUUCGCGGGAGAAGGAGUCGGAGUUCCGUGCGCUGCAAGAGACCAACAUGCAGGUGUCCAUGCUGCUACGUGAGCGAGAGUUUGAGCUCGGCGCCAUGAGGGACAAAGCCGCCACCGUGGAGAAGAUGCUCAAGGACAAAGAACAGGGUAAAUCGAGUGAGCUCAAUCAACUCCUGAACGAAAUCAAGUCCAUGCAGGACAAAGCGGUGGCCUUUCAGCAGGAGCGGGACCAGGUGGUGAUGGCACUCAAGCAGAAGCAAAUGGAAACCACGGCGCUACAGACCGAGCUGCAGCACGUGCGGGACAAAGAGCAGCGCCUUAACCUGGAGCUGGAGAGGCUGCGCAACCACCUGUUGGAGAUCGAGGACUCGUACACGCGGGAGGCGCUUGCUGCGGAGGACCGCGAGACCGAGCUGCGGCGGCGCGUGGCCCAGCUGGACGAGAGGCUGGCCACGUCCUCCAAUGCGGUGGAGAGCGCCAGCCAGCAGGCCAGCAUGCAGGUGGAGUCUCUGCAGGAGCAGCUGAGCGGCGUGGUCAAGCAGCGGGAUGACGCCCUCCUGCAGCUCAGGACCUCCCAGGAACAGGUCAAGCAGUAUGCUGUAUCCCUCUCCAACCUGCAGAUGGUGCUAGAGCAGUUCCAGCAAGAGGAGAAAGCCAUGUACUCUGCAGAGCUGGACAAGCUCAGGAAGGAGAAGGAGGAGUGGCGAAGGAAGGCGGACAAGCUAGAAGACCAAGCGUCUGCCCUUCAGAUGAACCUGGACGAGGCCAACGCCGCUCUGGAUUCGGCGUCUCGCCUCACCGACCAGCUGGACUAUAAGGAGGAGCAGAUUGAGGAGCUGAAGCAGGAAGUGGACGUGAGACAAGAGAUGUUGGAGGAGGCCCAGAAGAAACUGAUGAACCUGUUGCACAGCACCGAGGGCAAGAUUGACAAGGCCCUGAUGCGUAACCUGCUCCAGGGCUACUUCCACACACCCAGAGCCAAGCGCAUGGACGUGCUGAGGCUCAUGGGUAGUGUGCUGGGGCUGAGCCCAGAGGACGUGGAAAAGAUGCUGGAGGAGGACACGGCUCGCGGCGUGAGCGGCUGGGUGUCGAGCUGGCUCGGCGGCCGAGGAGCUCAGAGCGUCCCCGGCACUCCCCAGAGGCCCACCAGCGGAUACAGCUUUAACACGUCCUUCUCAGAGAUGUUUGUCAAGUUCCUGGAGACGGAGUCGACACCGUCGCUCCCUCCGCCCAAACUUCCCGUCAUGGAUAUCAGGCCUCUGAGCGCCCCGCCCUCCAGGAGAGCGCCGACGAGCGGCGCGGCGGCCGCCAAGUCCAACAACCCCUUCCUGGCACCGCGCUCCGCUGCCGUGCCCCUGCUGGCCGCCGGUGUCUCCGGCGGGCCGGGCGGGCACCUGCUGAUGAAGCCCAUCUCGGACGCUUUGCCCACCUUCACGCCCGUGCCCGUGUCGGCCGAGGCCAGCGGCGGUGCCGUGCUCAAGGACCUGUUGAAGCAGUGAAGUGGACAUGUGUGCAUAGAAGAUGUGUUUGUCCUAUGCAGAUUCAUCAAAGUGCUUCCUUACAUAAACCAGAGCUGGGUGAGAGCAUUUGAACCCCCUAAAUGGUGGCUUCAAACUAACAUGGCCGACUUCCUGUUUGUUUUUGUUCAGAAUCGUUCACUCUGAGUCGAUUCCGAACAUAGCCUGCGACUUCUUCAUGCGUCCUGUCAUGUGAAACGUCUCUACCGAAUUUGUCGUCAUUCGGUAAAACUUGGCCACCUAAGAUAAAACCCUCUUAAAAGGCUAUUUAGUUGCCAAAAUAAUAAUAAUAAAGCUGAGAGUAUGGAUAAACAGGUCCUCGCCUUCAUCCGAAAUAAGACAUUUGGUGUGGACCUUGUGGAGUUCGGUUAUUAGAAUGAAAAAUUUUACUUUGCCGCCAUGCGCCACCCUCAAACUUCGCAAUUUAGCUUCUCCCAUCGGUUAAUUAUACGUGUUUUAAUUUGGGUAGAAAUCAGGUAAAAUGUCACAGUCUUGUCUAAUCUUUGAGGACACCUGGAAAUGGCAGAAAUGACCCAAAAUUGGCCGACAUCCUGUGUUUUUUCCCGACAUUGCUGACAUUUUUGUGGGUCUACUAGUGAUCGACAUGUCUGCCAAAUUUGGUGUUGCUCAGUGAAUAUGGCUGACCGUGUGUUAAGAGUUUUGCAUUGGAGGGCGAGACAUCUAAUUUAGCAAUGAGUUAAUUCUUUGCAAUUUAGCGUCAGCCAUCUGUAGUAUACGUGACUCUAAUUUGGUAGCAAUUGGACAAAAUCUAUGGGACAAGUUCAUCUUUGACGGACCCCUGAAAGUCGCCAAAACGAACAUAAAUGAAAGAUUUACGGUGUCUUUUCCGGUAUAGGUUAUUGACACCUUUUUGCUGGUCUGUUCAUAACGAUCUUAUGUACUAAAAUCUUGCGUUGCUUAGGGAAACUGGCUUUGUGGGCUGAAUAUUUAAAAAAAAAAAACAACAACAAAAAACAUCUAUAUUGCUCUACUGUUGUUAAAAUGGCUGCUUGAAACCAAAAUGGUGGAUGUCUUUUUAGAUAUGGCGUCGUGGGACUUUUUUAGGGGUCUCCUCAUGAAUGACAUUCCAAAUUUCACGUUGCUGAGGGAAAGUGGCUUUCUUGAAUCAACCCACUACAUGACAACAAUCUACUAUCAAAGGCCGCAUUUAGAAGCGGGGGAAAAAGCAGAUUUUUCCUUUUCAUUAAUGAUAGCCAAUUUUCAUAAUGAUACCAAAUUUCAUGUUGCUGUGGGGAACUGGCUUAUUUGAAUCAUUUUACUACGUGACUAUAUAAAAAAAGAAGAAGCAGAUUUUCCAUUUUCAUUUAACACUAGACAUGCCUCCCAAAUUUCAUGUCGCUAAGGGUAUUUGAAUCGACCCCACUACGUGACAAAAAUCUACCGCGAACUUUUGGAAGGGAAACAAUUUGGUUUUCAAACUUGUCCCACCACGUUGUUUCUAAACCCAAGUGACCUUGUGAACAUCGCAAUUUUCAGCCUUUUCUUUUUUUUUGGGGGGGGGGUAAACUUUUUAUUUUCUGAUGAUGAUGGAAAUGAUGUCGAGCAUGCAAGCCACGUAGUUGCCAAGCAUUCUGUGGCCGCGGUAGCCCGCAGAGUCUACCCAACAGCACAUGCUCGAGUCAUGACGGGCGUACGUCAACGACGCUACUAUUACACAGUUAUACACGUUUAUUGGCUGGGAUUGUUUUUCUUGGAUUUAUGGGCACUGGUUAUGAGGUAGGACAUCAAAGUGCCUGUUAUUUUGUGCAAAUAACUUGUAUAAUCUGGAGUGUACAUGCUUGAUAGGGAUAUUUAUAUUUACAGACUUGUUUGUACAUUUAUUGUAAAUCAGCGACUUUUUUUGUAAAUUGGAGGAAGGGGGGAAUAAAAGUACUUCUGCCCCCUGUUGGUGGCUUAGCUUUAUUUGGGGCCAGGCAUGAAAGGAGGGUGUCUGGGGGGGC